AUGCACGUUAGUUCCCAGAAUCGCAAAGUCUCAGAAUCACAGAAAUCUAGACAUACACUCGUCAUCAUACUAUCUACGGAUUAUGUUUCUUUAUUCCAUGUCAUUAGAACAAUGAAACUAUCGAAGAUUCCGUAUUUAGUCCAAAAGGAGAUUCUUGACAACAUGAAGUAUUCGGAUCUAUUUUGGUUGUCUUUUGUUUCAGAAAAUAUGAAAACAUUGAUUAAAUCGUCUCAAGUCAAAAGAUUCCGAAACAUCGGUCGUGUUGUGUAUGAAAGUUUUUGCGAUAAACCUAUUGCUUCUAUUCACUUUAUGACGAAAAAUAAGCAGGGAACAGAAGAUGUUCCCAAAAAGGAAAACAUCAUCGGCGUUUUCUGCGACUACAAGGAAUCUGAGGAUGAUUGUUUUCAAUUGAACGUAUCUGGAAAAGUGAUUGAUUUUCGACUGUCCCAUUAUUACAGUUUUCCUGAAGCAUGUUUUCACCGGCAUGACAAAGAAUAUGUUAUUGAAUCCAUUCAUAUGAUACUGUGGAGCAUAUUUGGGAAGCAAAAUAUCCCGAGCAUUUCAUUCCAGAUCUUUCUAACUUAUCAUUGUGGAUUACUAUUUCGCCUAAAGACUGGGAGAUAA